AACACAACCCACGAAGCCUGUUUCUGCUUCAAGAAAGAGUUGGAGCUUCACUCAACGACACGACACAGUCCUCGCAUCUACCGUUCAACCCCAACGACGACAGCGAACACGAGACGAAGAAGAAGAAGAAGAUCCGACAGACCCAUUUCUCGUCUCUCUUCCUAUUCACACUCAACCAGCUUCAAUCUGUCUCUGUCUCUCUCUCUCUCUCUCUCUUACUCUGCCAGCUGAAAAGGGACUUCAGGGAUGCGAACCCCUUGUCCCCGACCCCAAUAGCACCCGCCGCCACCCUCCGUCAUGUCCUCCUCCUCCUCCUCCAAUUCCCCCUCCUCCGCGGCUGCCGCGGCGGGCUCCGACCCCCAGGCCCCGCUCCUCGCCUCCCGCCAGGGCGGCGCCGACGACUCCGGCUCCGGGCCCCGCCCGCCCUCCCUCGCCGUCCUCCUCGGGCGGGCCACGGGGCGGCGCGGGCCCUCCAUGCUGGUCCGGGAGACGGCGGCGCGGGAGCUCGAGCAGCGGCGCGCCGACUGGGGCUACUCGAAGCCCGUGGUCGCGCUCGACAUCAUGUGGAACACGGCGUUCGUCGUGGUGUCCGUCGUCAUGCUCGUCUGCACCGCGGACGAGCACCCCAACACCCCGAUCCGGCUCUGGAUCUGCGGGUACGCCGCGCAGUGCCUGGUCCACGUCGUCCUCGUGUGGAUUGAGUACCGGCGGCGCAACUCGCGGAGGGUCAGGGACGAGGAGCGGCAGCAGAACUACAACUACGUGAAUGACAGCGAGGACGAGGAGGCUGGCGUGGACACGGCUUCGGGCAGCUCAGCUCGGUCCAAUGUCACCAAACGCUGUGAAUCGGUGAAUACCAUGGCCUCAUUUCUGUGGUGGAUAGUUGGCUUUUAUUGGGUAGUAUCUGGCGGAGAUGUUCUUUUAAGCGAAGCGCCUCGUCUCUACUGGUUGGCUGUGGUAUUUCUGGCAUUUGACGUAUUCUUUGCCAUCUUUUGUGUUGUUUUGGCAUGUCUGAUUGGGAUUGCUCUAUGUUGCUGUCUGCCAUGCAUUAUUGCGAUUCUCUAUGCUUUUGCUGGACAGGAGGGUGCAUCAGAGGCCGAUCUUAGUAUCCUUCCUAAAUACAAGUUUCAUAUAUUGAGUGAUGGUGAAAAAACUGUUGUUGGAGCUGGAAAGAUGGUUCCUGUUGAAACAACUAGCGGAUAUCUAGCAAAUGAAAGAUUGCUUCUGCCUGAGGAUGCGGAAUGCUGUAUAUGUCUCACCUCGUAUGAGGACGGAGCAGAGCUCCACGCUCUCCCCUGCAACCAUCAUUUCCAUUCAACGUGUAUCGUGAAAUGGCUCAAGAUGAAUGCGACCUGUCCUCUCUGCAAGUACAACAUCCUCAAAGGAAACGAACAGAUAUAAAGUCAGGGAAACUAAGGAAAACCACAGAAGUGCUCAUGCUCGCCCGUCCUCGGAUGGUCCUUGUGUAUAAACAGAGAACAUCGGAACCAGAGAUUUCCUCCUAACAUUUAUUUGAAAAUAAGUCAUAGCAAUCUGUCGAUCGAGCUUCGUUUUUGCGUGUUAUCUUCCAGCCUGUCAGAGUUUCCUAUUCUUUGUAUUGGUUGUAUUGUGAAACUCCUAUACAGAGAAUUUGAUUGAUGCUUCCCUCGCUCAUGCUCGAAUUGCUUCCUUUGUAAAUUGGUUGAGGAGGAAAUUCUGUACUGCUGUACUACUGAGACUGAUUCAUGACACUGUUUUUCCUGCUUGAGCUUUU